AACAGCUUGAACCCCAAAAAUGGAAUCUGGUUCUAGUUUCACAACAAAAACACCAGUUUUCAAUGGCCAUAACUACCCAGUUUGGUCAGUCAAGAUGAAGGCUUAUCUAAGAGCUUUCGACCUAUGGGAAGUGGUGGAAACCGACCAACAACCACCACCUUUAAGGUCGAAUCCCACCUUGGUUCAGAUAAAGCAGCAUACUGAAGAAGUUACAAAAAGGUAUAAAGCCUUGACUUGCAUUCAUUCUACCGUAACUGAUGAGAUUUUUGACAGAAUUAUGCGCUGUGAAACAGCCAAAGAAGCCUGGGACUUGUUGAAGCUAGAGUUUCAGGGUGACGCCAAGGGAAUUCAGAUGCACGUUUUGAAUCUGAAAAGGGAAUUUGCUGUUUUGAAGAUGAAUGAGUCUAAAAUUGUCAAAGAGUUUUCAGAUAGAAUAAUGAAGAUUAUGAAUCGAAUUAGAUUGCUGGGUGAUGAAGAACUCUCUGAUAAGAGGGUUGUUGAGAAGGUGCUGGUUAGUUUGCCAGAAAAAUUUGAGCGCAAGAUUUCCUCUUUGGAAGACUCCAAGGAUCUUUCCAAAAUUCCCUUAACUGAACUUAUCAACUCUUUACAAGCUAUUGAACAGAGAAAAGCGUUAAGGUCCGAAAGCAAUGUUGAAGGUGCUUUCUUGGCUAUCGAAAAAGGUGAAAGCCAACAAAAAGAAGGAGCAAAGAAGCUGUUUUCUAACAAGAAAUGGAAAGAAAAGAAAAAAAAAAUUCAAAGAGAUUUCAAGGGUGGUAGAUACAAGGGUAAAAAGGAGUCAUUUCCUCAUAUUCACUACAAAAAGACAACUCACACAGAAAAUUUUCGCUGGUUCAGACCUGGUGUUCAAUGCAGUGGAUGUACUCACCAUAUGACUCCAAAUGAGAGCUGCUUCAAAAGCCUUGAUGAGAGUUUUACCUUUAAAGUUAGAUUGGGUAAUGGAGAGCUAGUAGAAGUCAAAGGAAGGGGAGUAGCAAUUGUUGAUACACCAACGGCUUGUGUGAGUACUAUUGAUAAUUCUUGUGUCUGGCAUAAGAGGUUUGGUCACUCUAGUUAUCAAUCUUUGCUGUUGAUGCAAAAAAACAGCAUGGUUUCUGGUAUGCCUCUUGUUCAUGUUGAUGAACAUGUUUGUAAAGUGUGUGAGCUCGGUAAGCAAUCUCAAUUGCCUUUUCCAUCUGGUCAGGCUCAUAGAGCUUCUAUGAAGUUGCAGCUAGUUCACACUGACAUUUGUGAUCCUACGAAGACUACUUCUUUGAAUGGAAAUAGAUAUUUCCUGACUUUCAUUGAUGAUUUUAGCAGAUUUUGUUGGGUGUUUUUUCUAAAACAGAAAUCUGAGGUAUUUGAUGUUUUCACCAAGUUCAAAGCCUUGGUUGAAAAUGAGUGUGGCUUGACCAUUAAAACACUUAGAUCUGAUAAUGCAGCUGAGUAUACUGCUCAUAGAUUCCAGCAGAACAGAUUGCCAACAAAAGCUAUUGAAGGCAAAACUCCAUUUGAAACUUGGUCAAGGAACAAACCUGCUGUAGAUCAUUUGAAAGUUUUUGGUUGCAUUUGCUAUGUGUUUAUACUAGAUGAAAAGAGAGGCAAGCUGGAUGAAAGGGCAAAUGCUUGUGUUUUUAUUGCAUGGGAUUGGGAAAAAUCCCAAGUACCAAACUCAGAUCAGGUUUCUAAAUUGCAUGACAGACCAGAACUUGAAGCAGAUUUUGAUGAUGCAACCAAUGAAUCAGAUUUAAUUGAUGAUGCACCAGUGAGAGGAACUAGAACCCUGGAAGAUAUUUAUAGUAGAUGCAAUUUGUCUACUAUUGAGCCCUCAAAUUUUUAUGAGGCUACAAAUUCGGAUGCAUGGAGAGCAGCAAUGGAGGAGGAGCUCAAAAUGAUUGAAAAAAAUGACAGCUGGACUUUGGUUGACAGACCAAAAAAUAAAAACAUCAUAGGUGUUAAAUGGAUAUAUAGGGUCAAGAUGAAUCCUAAUGGCACCAUCAACAAAUAUAAGGCAAGAUUGGUGGUGAAAGGUUACUCUCAAUUGGCUGGAAUUGAUUUUACUGAGACCUUUGCACCUAUAGCAAGACAUGAGACUAUCAGAUUAUUGUUGGCUCUUGCAGCACACAAAGGCUGGAGUGUCUUCCAUCUUGAUGUCAAAUCAGCAUUUUUGAAUGGCAAAUUGGAAGAAGAAAUAUUUGUUGAGAAGCUAGAAGGGUUUGUACAAGAUGGUGCAGAGAAUAAAGUAUAUUUGCUUAAGAAGGCCUUGAACAGGCUAAAACAAGCUCCUAGAGCUUGGAACUGCAAAAUUUAUGAUCACUUGCUGAGUCUUGGGUUUGAAAAGAGUCUAAGUGAGGCUACUCUUUAUGUGAAAAAGAAGAAUGGAGUACUUGUUAUAGUCUCCAUAUAUGUUGAUGAUUUGCUGGUCAUAGGAAAUGAUGAAGCUGCUUUGAAUCGGUUCAAGAUUGACAUGCUGCAAACUCUUGACAUGAAUGAUCUGGGCAAAAUGACAUAUUUUCUUGGUAUGGAGAUAGAUCAGUCCAGCAAAGGCAUUUUUAUUUGUCAAAGAAAUUAUACAGGUGAGAUUUUGAGCAAAUUUGCUAUGUCAAAUUGCAGGCCAGUUAGUACUCCUUCUGUGUCAGGAGUUAAAUACCAAGCCAUUGAUGGUUCAGCAAAUGUUGAUGCAGGGGUAUAUAGAAGUAUGAUUGGGAGCCUUCUAUACUUAUAUGCUACCAGACCUGAUAUAAUGCAUGCUGUUAGUUUGCUUUCAAGGUUUAUGCAUUCACCUACUGAAGUUCAUCUCAAAGGGUCUGAGGAUGAUAUGAAAAGCACCACUGGUUUUUGUUUCACUCUUGGAUCAGGUGUUAUAAGCUGGUGUUCUCAGAAGCAAGAUGCACUUGCACAUUCCACUGCAGAAGCUGAAUAUAUAGCUGCUGCAACUGCUGUGGAUCAGGCUAUUUGGUUGAGGAAAUUGUUGGUUGAUGUUCAUCAUGCUCAAUCCAAUCCUACUGAAAUGUUGUGUGAUAGUAAAGCUGCAGUUGCUAUUGCUAGAAAUCCAGUUUUUCAUGGAAAGACAAAACAUUUUAAACUGAGGUAUCAUAUUGUUAGAGUUGCAGAAAAUGAUGGCGAGAUUGUUAUGGUGCACUGCUCCUCUGAAGAAAAUGUUGCUGAUAUUUUUACUAAGGGCUUACAGAAGAUCAGAUUUGAAGCUCUUAGAAACAAGCUUGGCGUUUGCAGCUUGGAUGCCAAGGACGAGUGUUGAAUGGAGUUCAGAUUUUUGUAGUAUUCGAAGUACUGUGCCAUCACAAGCUGCAACAAUUCAGUGUCUGAUUUUUGAUGUAAUUUGAGCUUUGGUUUGGUAGCUUUUUGUUAACCUUCUGUCAGUAUAGACACUUGAGUAGGGGGCCAAAAUUAAGCUACCUGUAGUUUGGUAAACUACUCUUCCUCUUUCCCGAAAGCUUGUGUUUAUUUUGUAUAAAAGCAAAAAUCAAUGACAAUUUCAGUGUUCUGCUCAUUUUUCUCUCUGUUUUUUCUCUCCAUUUUUUCCUUUGAGCAAAAAUGUUACACUCGAGAGUUACAAUGUAGGAGUAGUUUGCCAUGAAGAGUUGCAAAGCUGUUAAUACUUCACUGGCUCCAGGAGAAAAAUUCAAAAAUGAAGUUCAGUUAAUCUACUUCUAGUUCAGAGGAGCAGAUGGUUGAUAUUUUUACAAAGUGGUCGCAGAAGUCCAGUUCUUGGGAAGCUUGCCAUUGAUUAUCAGGCAUGAAGCAGGCUCCUGUUAUCAGAAUUCAUGUGUUUAUAAAUGAGGGUAUUUCUUACAAGAUUUUUUACAGUUCUGUGACUCCUAUAGAAGCAGAUUCUUUUUUUCUUUUUUUCUUUUUUUUUGUAAUUUGUUUUGCGUUUUUCUGUGUCUCUUUUCUUGGCGUUUAUCUCCAAAGUGGAAUGUUCAGUCAAAUCUAUCAAUCCUGUCAUUCUUGGGGUUUGGGUUUUUUAUGAUGUUUCUUUUGCAGGUUUUUGAUUGCGUGCAGGAUUGAGGGUUUUGUCGUUGAUUUUUUUUAUUUUCAUUGUUUUUGGUUAGGAGCAUAUGCAUUUACUCAAGGAGUUGAGUUUUGUGGGGAUUUUAGAGACUUGUAUGCUAAGUUUUGCAUUUCAGACUGAUGAUCAGACUGUUGUCUUUCUCAUUACUCCUUUUUUUUUUUGGGAGGGGGUGAGGGUGGUGGAUUUUUGUGGCUUGUGAUGGGGAGUUCUGUUGAACCAAAGAGUUACUUGAUGUGUCGUUUGUUGGGGAAGAAAAAGCCUUUGCAGGUCUUCUUGAUUGAACGUCUCUUUCUUAUCAUCUAUAUCUUUUAUGUGCAUAACUUAAUGUACUGCAUCUAUAAUUUUUUUUGAAAUCUCUUGUUUCUCAUUAAUUUAUUGGGUUAUACUUUUCAACUUGGCUCAUAAUUUUAUACUGCAUGAAAGUCUGCACUUUUGCUCUAUGCUGUUUCAUCAUGUUGUCUUUGGCCCUUUAGGUGAAAUAUCAAGUGAACUGAGCUGGCUGUUCAAUAAUGAUGUGCUACAUUU